UAAUUUUUUUAUUCAUUCAAUUUAGUCCAUUCUAACCUCUGUUCCCAUCCAUUACCCCAAGCUGAGCCUGAGAACACGACUUUAACCUCCGAGGCUGCAUGGUCACCGCCAUCCGCCGCCGAUGACAGAACCUAUCUGCCACCACUUAUAGCCCUCACCUUAGGCCCUACCACACCUAUCCACUUUCUCUAUCUCCUUCUUCGCUUACAGAAACUCCAUUCCUCUUACUAAAAAAUUCAGGUGCCUAUGAAGAUUCAGGUGAUAGCCACCCGCUUUCAAGUGGUACAAACUCUCACCAUUCUCCACCCUUAGCUUUCAUGGUGAGAUAGCUCAUUCCCAUAUUGACAAUCUAAAUCUUAGUCAAGUGGUGAAGGCAGUCUUGAAGGGACCUGAUUACUACAAGUACAGCAACAAUUCUGGAGGAUCUCGAGUAUUGCCAUAUCUGACAUUCAAAUUUCACUCUUUCUGUUGAACCUUUUGUUUCUUUUGCCCAAGACAGUAAAGCCUUCUCCUUCGGUGAGCAUGAAAUUCCGCUAUGCCAUGGUGUGUUCAUCAAAUCAAAAUCGGAGCAUGGAGGCUCACUCUCUGCUCAAGAGGCAAGGCUUUGAUGUGUCCUCCUACGGAACAGGGUCUCAUGUUAAGCUUCCUGGACCAUCCCUUAGAGAGCCAAAUGUCUAUGAUUUUGGAACCCCUUACAAACAAAUGUUCGAUGAUCUCAGGCGCAAAGACCCUGACCUUGCAGUUACAAGCGUAAUGGCAUAUUGCCGAUGCUUAAAAGGAAUUCAUCUGUCAAAUUGGCACCUCAACGUUGGCAAGAGAAUGCAGCUGAUGGUUCAUUUGACGUGGUGUUCUCAUUUGAAGAGAAGGUUUUCGAUAUGGUUAUUGAAGAUACGUAACAAGGAGAUACAAGGAUCUCAGGAAGAGAUGACUCUGUCAGUCCAUGCUCUCGAAGGGAAGCUGAGAGUAAAAACAAUUAAAAUGUUGGGGAGGCAUAAUGAUAGAGAAUUAUUAACUCUUGUAGACAGUGGCAACACACAGUUUCUUGGAUGCAAGGAUAGCAAAGGAACUAAAAGCACCUAUAGUGGAAACAACUGCAAUGUCUGUAUCUGUAGCAGAUGGAAGGAAAAUAGUGAGCAGCUGCAUGCAUCACACCUCUAUUUGGCUGGAAAGAUUUUCACAACUCCACUAUCAGUAUCAACCAGCAAAGGAGAAGUGUGGUUCUGCAAGGAGUUAAGAAGCAGGCAACCACAGCUAAGCUUCUCCAAUGCAGAUCCCUCAAGAAUUACUGCAUAAGCAAGGGGAAGACUUCUAGACACCUCUAUUUUGCAUACAUAUGCCAACUGGAGAAGGAGAGUUGGUUGCCAGUGUUACUGAGAUUGCCUUGGGCAAUUACCAGGCCGAUCUUCAAGCUCUUCUGUAUUAUUAUGCCUGCAUAUUUGAAGAAGUAAAGGAGUGCCCCCAUUCAGAAACCACAACCAUUCUAUUCCCUUGCUGCCAAAUGCUCAACCUGUGAACAUCAAGCCCUACAGAUAUGG